AUGAUAAGAUCAAAUGGCAAACCCCCACUUGCCAGAUCGCCCAUUAGGCUUCGCCCUCGCCGUGCUCUUCAGCCCACUGCAAGCAACACUGUGCAGAUCCCACCAGGUUCUUUGACGAAAUCCCAGAUGCCUAAACGGUAUUGGGAUGUGGAAGAACUCGAGCUUCGACCUGAAUACAGCACCAUAUCCUGUGAAUUAAGGGCUCUUGCUAGAAUGGUGUGCCAAGAAUUUGGAACCAGUGAUGAAAACAUGGAUGUUGAAUUUGAUAACGGUGCUAAUCGGAGUCCUUUGUUCGAGAGGGGCAGGUUUUAUGAAGAGUACUCUGCAAGAAGAAAUGAGAGGCUGAAGAGAAAGAAGGGUGAAAUGGAGGGUCAUACGAGGAAGCCAAUGAAUAAUCUUGGAGUCAGAAUUGAAUCUGCAAAGAAAUUUGACAGCGGGAGGAAAAUGGCGGUGGCUGCCACGCCGAUGAUGGUUCAGAGAGAGGCUGCAACACCAAGGUAUUCACUGAGGAGCUGUACUAGAAAGGAGAAUAAGAAGCCUCCUCUGCCUAUGAAUGUUGAGAAUUAUGUUGGGUAUACAGAGAGAAAAGUUGGGGGUAGAAGGAUUGGGAAGACUUGA